CCACACGGCUCGGAGUGGCCGAUGCCUCUCGCGGCCCUGAGCGCGCGGAAGGCGCCCGGGCCAGCUCCGCUCAAUGCGAGGGGACGGUCCGCUCCGUCCCUUCUCCGGGCGCCGCUAGCAAGAAGGGAGGAUCUUGGAAGCGAAGCCGCUCGGCGUUGCGGAAAGGCCCUCGCGGGCGGGCGGGCGGGCGGGCGGGCGAGCCGGCAGGCAGCCCCCGCCGCUGUCUCGGAGGUGAGGCCGGGCGGCGGUAACCUGCCGCGGAGAGGCACGAAGAGGGAGCCCCGCCGGCCCGGCCAUGGGCUCCGGCAGUGCGCCGCCGCGCCGCGCUCCCGCCUGGCUCUUCCGAGGGCGCAUUCCUGAGGCCUGAGUCAGCGCCCUGCCCGCCUUCCAAGCCGGGCCGCCCUUCGGUCUCCAGGCCGGGCCGCGCCGAGCCCGGCCCCCUCUUGAAUGGCCGCCCGGCCAGCGCUCGCUGUUCGUCUCCACUCGGCUUGCACCCUGGACGGCAGCGGCGGCGGCGGCAGCAGCACCAGUCGCAGCGGAGCGCCUCAGCCCCGCGGCCCAACAGCUGAGCCUCAAGGAUGUCCGAGGAGCGCCGGGACAGCACCAGCAGCCUGCAGAAGAAGAAGCCGCCUUGGCUGAAGCUGGACAUCCCCGUCCCCAUGUCCGCUACUGCCACUGAAGAGCUGUCCUGGGCACAGCCCUUGAGGCGCCAGACCUUCCUGCGGAGCGUGAGCAUGCCUGCGGAGAACACCCGCUUCCCGUCCCCCCACAACGAGCUGCGGCGGCCGGUCCUCCAGAGGCAGAUGUCCAUCACCCAGACCAUCCGGAGCAGGCAGGUGCGUUUUGAGAGGACUCAGACCCUGCCCAUUCAGGGGCGCCAGGUGGGCAGGAGGCCCCUGAGAAAGCGCCAGUCACUGCCCAGGACGCUCUUCAGGGGCACGGCCGACUGGUUCGGAGUCAGCAAGGAAAGUGAUGCCACGCAGAAGUGGCAGCGGAAGAGCCUGCGCCAUUGCAGCAUGCGCUACGGGAAACUGAAGCCUCAGGUCAUCCGUGAGCUGGACCUCCCGAGCCAGGACAACAUCUCCUUGACCAGCACGGAAACCCCACCGCCUCUCUACGUGCCCCCUUGCCAGCUGGGCAUGCAGAGGAUCAUCGACCCCUUGGCUCGAGGCCGGGCUUUCCGGAUGGCCGAGGAGAGUGACGGCUGCAGCAUGCCACACACGCCAGUCACGCCGGGGGCCACCUCCCUGUGCUCCUUUACCAGCUCCCGGUCGGGCUUUGGCCGCUGGCCCCGGCGGCGGAAAAGGGAGUCUGUGGCCAAGAUGAGUUUCCGGGCAGCAGCAGCUCUGGUGAAGGGCCGUUCGGUGAAGGACAGCACCUUGAGGAGGGCCCAGAGGCGCAGCUUCACCCCGGCGAGUUUUCUGGAAGAGGACACGGUGGACUUCCCGGAGGAAUUGGACACUUCCUUCUUUGCUCGGGAAGGAGUCCUCCAUGAAGAACUCUCCACGUAUCCCGAUGAAGUCUUUGAGUCGCCCUCGGAAGCUGCCAUCAAGGAGAUGGAGGCGAAGCCCCAGCAGUCUCAGCCGGGCCUCACUGGGGGCGCCCUGGACAGAAGCGAGCUGGAGAGGAGCCACCUGAUGCUCCCCCUGGAGCGCGGCUGGCGCAAGCAGAAGGAGGGAGCCGUGGGGCUGCAGCCCAAGGUGCGUCUGCGGCAAGAGGUGGUCAGCAUGGGGCUGCAGCGGCGGGGCCAGCGCAUCACGGUGCCUGUGCGCAAGUUCUUUGCCAAGGAGAAGCGCCCCUACGGCCUGGGCAUGGUGGGCCGCCUGACCAACCGCACCUACCGCAAGCGCAUCGACAGCCACGUGAAGCAGCAGAUCGAGGACAUGGACGACCACAGGCCCUUCUUCACCUAUUGGGUCACCUUCGUGCACUCGCUCAUCACCGUCCUGGCCGUGUCCAUCUACGGCAUUGCCCCUGUGGGGUUUGCGCAGCACGAGACCGUCGAUUCGGUCUUGAGAAACCGCGCGGUUUACGAAAAUGUGAAAUACGUCCAGCAGGAGAACUUCUGGAUUGGGCCCAGCUCCGAAGCCCUCAUCCACCUGGGGGCCAAGUUCUCCCCUUGCAUGCGGCAAGACCAGCAGGUGCACAGCUUUAUCAGUGCCGCCCGCGAGAAGGAGAAGCACUCGGCCUGCUGCGUGCGCAACGACAAGUCCGGCUGUGUGCAGACGGCUGAGGAGGAAUGCUCUUCCACCCUGGCCGUGUGGGUGAAAUGGCCGCAGGACCCCAGCGCCCCCCUGCUGGCAGGAGAGAAGCGGCAGUUUGGCUCUGUAUGUCACCAAGACCCCAGGGUGUGUGAGCAGCCGGCCUCCACGGAUCCCCAUGAGUGGCCAGAUGACAUCACCAAGUGGCCGAUCUGCACCAAAAACAGUGCCGGGAACCACACCAACCAUCUGCACAUGGACUGCGCCAUCACGGGCCGCCCCUGCUGCAUCGGCACCAAGGGGAGGUGUGAGAUCACCUCGCGAGAGUACUGCACCUUCAUGCACGGCUACUUCCAUGAGGAAGCCACUCUCUGCUCUCAGGUGCAUUGCAUGGAUGAUGUCUGUGGACUCCUCCCCUUCCUGAACCCAGAGGUCCCAGACCAGGUCUAUCGGCUCUGGCUCUCACUCUUCCUCCAUGCAGGGAUUCUCCACUGUCUGGUGUCAGUGUGUUUCCAGAUGACCAUCUUGCGCGACCUGGAGAAGCUGGCCGGCUGGCACCGCAUCUCCAUCAUCUACCUGCUCAGUGGAGUGACGGGCAACCUGGCCAGUGCCAUCUUCUUGCCCUACCGGGCUGAGGUCGGCCCGGCAGGCUCCCAGUUCGGCAUCCUGGCCUGCCUCUUCGUGGAGCUCUUCCAGAGCUGGCAGAUCCUGGCUCGGCCCUGGAGGGCCUUCUUCAAGCUCCUGGCGGUGGUGCUCUUCCUUUUUGCCUUCGGCCUCCUGCCUUGGAUCGACAACUUUGCCCACGUCUGUGGCUUCAUCAGCGGCCUCUUUCUCUCCUUCGCCUUCCUGCCCUACAUCAGCUUUGGCAGGUUUGAUCUCUACCGGAAACGCUGCCAGAUCAUCAUCUUCCAGCUCGUCUUUGUUGGCCUCCUCUCCGGCCUGGUGGUUUUGUUCUACUUCUACCCCAUCCGCUGCGAGUGGUGCGAAUUCCUCACCUGCAUCCCCUUCACAGACAAGUUCUGCGAGAAAUAUGACUUGGAUGCACAGCUCCACUGAGGAGUUCGGGCGGCGGCGGCAGUGGCUUCCUCCUCUUCCCCUCCGGAGCCUCCAGCAUAAAUCUUGCCCCACCUUAGCCCAGCAGCUGGGACAUUUUCUGCACACACAUCUGUGCCUUGUUCAAUUUUUCUGAAACUUUUUCUGCUGCCAUGUUUUUAUUACGCUAGUUUCAAAAUGGCCUUUUUAACGAGAUUUAUUACUUGUUGCCCUGGUGGUGAUUAAACACACAGGUAGCGUUUUAGCUACAUUUUCAAAA